AUGGCUACCCCAACUGCGUCUUCGUCCACAGCACCAACGCAGAAUGGACCACCACAGUCAGCCGAUGCUGAGAAGCAGUAUGCCUCCAUAGUUCCAUCCGAACGCGAGGAAAACCACCGCCUCCAGCUGCAGCACACCGUGUCCAGCUUCAGUAACCAUGAGAUGACCAAUGUGUCGUAUGUGGCCACAGGCGACAACGAUGAAGUCUACAACCGCUUCACCGAGCGCCGGAAGCAGAUCAUCACCGCUGUCCUCUCUUUCUGUAGCUUUCUGGCACCCAUCUCGUCGACGACUGUCCUGUCUGCUGUACCUGAGGUCGCCGAAACCUUCAAUUGCGAUGGCUCCAUUAUCAAUUUGUCCAACGCCAUGUACAUGUUGUUCAUGGGUAUUAGCCCGUGUUUCUAUGGGCCCAUCGGCACGAUAUACGGGAGAAAAUGGGUUUCCGUCAUCAGUGCUACGCUUUUCACAGCAGCGAGCAUAGGGACCGCGCUGGCGCCCAAUCUGGCCGCAUUCUUCAUCUUCAGGAUCUUGACUGCGUUCCAGGGGACCGCGUUCUUGAUCAUUGGGUCGAGUGUUAUCGGGGAUAUAUACAAGCCUACUGAGCGGGGCACUGCGUUGGGAUGGUUUCUCUCAGGCACCCUCAUCGGCCCCGCCCUCGGUCCCUUCAUCGGCGGCAUAAUCGUCACCUUCCGCUCCUGGCGCGACAUUUUCUGGCUGCAAACCGCGCUCGCCGGCGCCGCCACGCUGCUCGUCUUCUUUCUCCAGCCCGAAACCAUCCACUACCGCCGCGCAGACGAGCUCGCCGCUUUGCCGCGCGCGAAGCGUGUGCACACGCUGUGGACGUGGCUGAAUCCCCUGCGCAUCAUCCGGCUGUACCGCUACCCCAACUUACUCGCCGUGGCGGUCGCCUCGAGCUCCCUCGUAUGGAACAUGUACUCCCUCCUCACGCCCAUCCGCUACGUCCUCAACCCGCGCUUCCAGCUCACGUCGCCCCUCCAGUCCGGCCUCUUCUACAUCGCGCCCGGCGCGGGGUACCUCCUGGGCACCCUCGUCGGCGGCCGCUGGGCGGACCGCACCGUCAAGAAAUACAUCCGCCUCCGCGGCACGCGCGUCUCGGAAGAUCGCCUGCGAAGCUGCCUGCCUUUCAUCGGCAUCGUCAUCCCCGCGUGCAUGCUCGUCUACGGGUGGUCCGUCGAGAAGCGCGUCGGCGGCGUCGCGCUGCCCGUCGUCAUGAUGUUCGUCCAGGGCGUCGCGCAGCUCUUCUGCUUUCCCUCGCUCAACACGUACUGCCUGGACGUCAUGCAGGCCCGCAGCGCUGAAGUCGUCGCCGGGAAUUAUGCCUUUAGGUAUCUGUUCGCGGCGGCGGGCUCAGCGGCGUGUUUGCCGGCCGUCAGGAAGAUUGGGGUGGGGUGGUUUAGCACGAUAAGCGCGGGGUUUUUGGUUGCCGCGGCGGGCUUGACGUGGGCGACGAGUGUGUGGGGGAGGGGGUGGAGGGAGGAGGUGGAGGAGAGGAAGAAGGCCAGGCGGGAAGGGAAGGAGGGCGAGGGCAGUGUUUAA